AUGGACAGAACCGAGAAGGCCGCUCUGUUGGUCUGGAAAUUCUUCCAGGAGCUUUACGGCACUGACGAGUUCAAGAAGUACAAAUACCGCGACGUUGGGAUCAUGACCGCGUCGUAUGGGGGCCACUGGGGUCCCGCAUUCGCCGAGUACAUCUUGAACCAAAACAAGAACUCUAAAGUUAUUCCUAUUCGUCUUCGAUGGCUUGGUGUCGACGGGGGUCAGUUUGACCUAGGCAUUGCGACAAGAGCAGAGCUCGAAUACGCUUAUAACAACCCGUUAAAGGACCUCAUCACAAAACAGGAGGACUAUGAUAAACUAAACAAAGCUUACGAGGAAGAAUGUGCCCCCCUCUUGAAAAAUUGCGCGGAAACAGGAGACGACAGCGACUGCAGCAAAGCCGAACUCGACUGUCCCAACGCAGUUGAAGACGAGAUUUGGCAGCAAAUGGGUCUGGACUUUAGCCUGUACUACACCAAAGAAAAACUCGGUGCAGACCAGAACUACGUGCCAUUUAGUGAGGAGAUCUUCGAUCAGUUCUGGAAGAAAGACGAUGGUGCUCGCUCGGCGUUGCCCCAGCUCAGCCGAGUCGCAUCGGCAGGAGUGGCCAUCAUGUUGACCAGCGGCGACGCAGACUACAUCUGUAACCACAUCGGCGUCCAGGAGACGGCUGAGAGCAUCGAGUUCAGCGGCCAAGCCAAGUUCAAGGAGAAGGGAGUGUCCGACUUCAAGGUGGAUGGUGAGGUUUACGGGAGUUACAAAACAGAAGGCAAAGUCUCGUUCUUGAAAGUCAAGAAUGCAGGACACGGCAUCGCUGCCUUUCAGCCCAAAGCCGCGCUGGCCGCUUUCACGCGGUUUCUAGUCGACGGCCACUUAUAA